AUGCUCCGUGCUACGACUCUUAUGGCUGCCACCGCUCCGCUGCGGCGGCUUGUGCCUUCCCUCACCACGCGGGCUUUUGCGGGCGCUGUGGGCGUGAGUGAGGGCGCUGCAGGCGCUGAGGACGGCGCCGGCGGAGCAACGCAGGUGGCAAACAUCCCUACCAUUGGCAUCGACCUGGGCACCACCAACUCGUGCGUGGCGGUGGUGGAGAACGGCGAGCCGCGAGUUCUGGAGAACGAGGAGGGUAAGCGGACGACGCCGUCGGUGGUGGCCUUCCAGCCGGAUGGCUCGCGGCUUGUGGGCGCGCCGGCCAAGCGCGGUGCGGUGACCAACCCGAAGAACACCAUCUAUGGGGCCAAGCGGCUUAUCGGGCGGACGUUUGACGACCCGGCCAUUGCCACGCUGCAGAAGAUGGUCUCGUACGAGAUCUGCCGCGCGCCCAACGGGACCGAUGCCUGGGUGUCUGCCCAGGGCAAGCAGUACUCGCCGUCGCAGAUCGGCUCAUUUGUGCUGACCAAGAUGCAGGAGACUGCAGCGCGCGUGCUCGGCGGCAUGCCCAACAAGGCGGUUAUCACCGUCCCGGCGUACUUUGACGACUCGCAGCGGCAGGCAACCAAGGAUGCCGGCCGCAUCUGCGGCUUUGACCAGAUCCGGAUCAUCAACGAGCCGACGGCGGCGGCGCUCUCGUACGGCAUCAACUCGACCGAGGCGCAGACCAUUGCGGUGUACGAUCUCGGCGGCGGUACCUUUGACAUUUCGGUCCUCGAGGUCGACGACGGUGUGUUUGUGGUCAAGUCGACCGGCGGUGACUCGACGCUCGGCGGCGAGGACUGGGACGAGACCAUUCUGCAGCACAUGCUGUCGACGUUCAAGUCGCAGACCGGCGUCGACCUCUCGGGCGACCAGAUGUCGAUCCAGCGGCUUCGCGAGGCGGCUGAGGAGGCGAAGCGCGCCCUCGACGCGUCGCCGUCGACGGACAUCAACCUGCCGUUCAUUACCCAGACCGACGGCGGCCCGCUGCACUUUGAGGCGACGCUGACGCGCGCCGAGCUGGAGAAGCUCACCGGCCCGCUCAUCGACAAGACCCGGGCGCCGUCUGAGCAGGCGCUCCGCGACGCGCACAUCUCGGCGGCCGAGGUGGACAAGGUCCUGCUUGUUGGUGGCAUGACCCGCAUGCCUAAGGUUGUCUCGACGGUGGCCGAGCUGUUUGGCAAGGACCCGUCCAAGGGCGUGAACCCGGACGAGGCCGUGGCUUCGGGCGCCGCCAUUCAGGGCUCGAUCCUCGACGGCGCCAUCUCGGGCGUGGCCCUUGUCGACGUCACGCCGCUCUCGCUCGGCACCAACGUGGAGGGCGGGCUCUUUGCCCGCAUCAUCGAGCGGAACACGCCGAUUCCGGUCUCCAAGACCAAGACCUUUACCACUGCACAGGACCACCAGACGUACAUUGUCGCCGACGUCCUGCAGGGCGACCGCGAGCUCGCCGCCGAGAACCGCAAGCUCGGCACGCUGCGCCUCGACGGCAUCCCGCCCAUGCGCAAGGGUGUGCCGCAGCUCGAUGUUACCUUUGACCUCAACGCCGAGGGCAUCCUCAAGGUCACCGCCACCGACCAGGCCACCGGUACCACCUCGGAGACCGUGGUCGAGACCAAGGGCGGCCUCACCGAGGCCGAGAUCGAGCAGAUGGUCCGUGAGGCCGAGAUGUUUGCUGAGGAGGACAAGAAGCGCCGCGCCGCCAUCGAGCUUCGCAACGAGGCUGAGUCGCUCGCUCACACCACCCGUGCCUCGGUCGAGGACAACGCCAAGCUCCUCACCGAGGCCAGCAAGACCAAGCUCCUCUCGCAGGUCGACGCCCUCGAGGCUGCGCUCGACGGCAAGGACGGCGAUGCGCUCCGCGCCAAGAUGGACGAGCUUAAGAACGAGGUCAACGACGCCUUUGAGGCCGCCUACAAGUCCAAGCAGGGCCCUGCCGCCGGCACCCCGCCGCCGGAGCAGCAGACCCCGCAGCAGUAA